UCUCACUUCCGUUCAAAUUUCAAGAUGGAGGUCGAAGAACUUCUUUCUUUCAAGAUCGAUAAACCAAACACAGGAAAUACAUUAAAGAGAAAAAAAUAUGAAAUUAAUGAUGAGAAUUCUGCACCAAGAUCUAAGAAGAAGGGUGGUAUUGUUGGUCAGAUACAGGCAAUUGGUGCUGAAGUUACUGAUGAUGAUAAAGCAAAGAUAGCUAGAAUGGUGGAAGAACAGACAGAGGGUGAUUUACUGGAUGAGACUAGCUUAAAGAAACUUUUGCUGCAAUUUGAAAAGAAGUGCUAUAAAAAUCAAGAAAUGAGAAUUAAGUUUCCAGAUUUACCAGAAAAAUUUAUGGAAUCUGAAGUAGAAUUAAAUGAUGUGAUACAAGAAAUGCAUGUUAUUGGAACCAUUCCUGAAUUUUAUCAAGUUUUAAUAGACCUAAACACAGUUCAAUCUUUAUUACAACUGCUAGCACAUGAAAACACAGAUAUAGCCAUUGCUGUUGUUGAUUUAUUACAAGAAUUAACUGAUGUUGAUACUUUAAAUGAGAAUGAGGAUGGUGGAACAGCUCUAAUAGAUGCCUUGCUUGAAGGUCAGAUUGUAGCUGUAUUAGUACAAAAUAUAGAAAGAUUAGAUGAAACAGUUAAAGAAGAGGCAGAUGGAGUACACAAUACAUUGGCAAUUAUAGAAAAUAUAACAGAAUUUCGACCAGAUGUUUGUCAUGAAGCAGCUCAGCAAGGUUUAUUACAGUGGUUGUUAAAAAGAAUAAAGGCAAAAAUGCCAUUUGAUGACAAUAAAGUGUAUGCCAGUGAAAUAUUAGCUAUAUUAUUACAAAACACAGAUGAAAAUCGACUUUUAUUAGGUGAUAUUGAUGGAAUUGAUGUAUUGUUGUCUCAACUGUCAGCUUAUAAACGUCAUGACCCUACUACUAAAGAAGAAAUAGAAUAUAUGGAAAAUUUGUUUAAUUCUCUUUGUUCGUGUCUUAUGGUGCCAAAUAAUAGAAAUAAGUUUUUGAAAGGUGAAGGUCUGCAGUUGAUGAAUUUAAUGUUAAGAGAGAAGAGAAUGUCUAGAAAUAGUGGUUUGAAGGUAUUAAAUCAUGCUAUGACAGGAAGUGAAGGAGCAGAUAAUUGUCAAAAAUUUAUUGACAUUCUUGGAUUAAGAACUAUUUUCCCAUUAUAUAUGAAAACACCAAAGCCAAAUAAAGAAGGUCAUACUAAGGAUGAAAUUGAAGAACAUGUUGUGUCUGUUAUUGCUUCACUAUUAAAGAAUUGUCAAGGAACACAGCGCCAACGUCUUUUAAAUAAGUUUACAGAAAAUGAUCACGAAAAGGUGGAAAGACUACUAGAAUUACAUCUAAAAUACCUUGAUAGGGUGAGGUCAUGUGACAAUGAAAUAGAACAAGAGAAAUUACGUUAUAAAAAACAAGGUCUACCAAUAGAUUCUGAUUUAGAUGAUGAGUUCUAUUUAAAGAGAUUAGAUGCUGGUUUAUUUACACUACAACUGGUUGAUUAUAUUAUGUUAGAAGUCUGUUCAUCAGGAGAACCUUCAAUAAAACAAAGAGUGAUGCAGAUUUUAAAUAUGAGAGGAGGAUCUGUUAAAGCUAUUAGAUAUAUAAUGAGAGAGUAUGCUGGUAAUAUUGGUGAUGCAAAGGAUGAUAAUACCCAAGAAGCUGAACAGGAUAGAAUAUUAAAAUUAGUGGAUCAAUUUUGAGUUGAGAUGAAUCACAACAGUACUAAAAUUCAAAGAAGAAGAAUGUAUGUUUGCUGGACAGUUUGUAACCUGGUCCUUUUCCAGAAAAAAAAAAAACAUUUUUUAUUUGAAUGCCCAAGAUAAGAAAAGGUUCCUCAGUCCUCCUUCUCUAAACUUCAGUGUCAGCAUACAUAAAUUUCUGACAGUCACUGGUUUUUACUUCUUGGAAGAAUGGAUUGUAUCAGUAACAGGCCUGUAACUAGGGGAGAGGGGCCCUGUGAAAAAUUGUCGACAAUAAAAAAAACCCUAGAUAUACAGUGUCGGUCAAUUUUACAGCACCCCUGAGAACACUUCCUGCCCCCCCCCCCCCACGUUGGUCUGAGCUAGUUACGCCCCAGAUCAGUAAUCUUAGACAAUUUUUAAUAUGCCACCGACAGAAGUGUGGUCUUUCAGAAUCGUGCUGGCUGGAUAUUUUAUUCGUUACAAUUUUAUCACCUCCAUCAGUCAUCAUAAAUAAAGUGGAUUGAACACUUA